CCCUUCCACAACGUCAACAGUGGCAUAGAUGUCAAAAAUUUCGGAUAACCCCACUUUUACAUUUUUAAUUUAUUUUUAUUCAAUGAAAUAUGAAAUUUUCACUGUCCGUGAGCACCAUUUAUAGAUAUAUUAAUACGUAAGACAAAUGAUUACGUAAAAGAGCACAUAUUUUACAUAUCUGGAAGGACACCAAAUCAUUUAGAAAAUGAGUUUCAAACAAAAACAUUUACUUAAAAAAUACAAGCAAGUACUUCAUUUAAUUGCGCUUAGAAAUAAUUCAUCUUAUACCUCUUCAAAUGGCCCUUUAGCAGUACUUACUAAGAGAUACGAGGCUGGUGAACUCUCAAAAGAUGAGAUUCAAUUAGAUGCUUGUCGAUCUUUACAGAAAGUUUAUGAUUCAUUACAAACAUAUGCUCCGACCAAAAGAAAUAUCUUCAGCAAAUUAUUUUCGAGAAAUGUGGAUCAACCUAAAGGUUUAUACCUCUAUGGAGCUGUGGGAGGUGGAAAAACAAUGCUUAUGGAUUUAUUUUACGAUUGCUGUAGUAUCGAUAAAAAGUCAAGAGUACAUUUCAACGAAUUCAUGGUGAACGUUCACAAACAAAUACAUGCAAUCAAAAAUAAGUAUGGACCCCAAUUCUCCGCAAACUCAAAGCCCUUCGAUCCAAUUCCAAUAGUGGCGGAAGAGAUUAUCGACAAGAGUUGGCUAAUCUGCUUCGACGAAUUUCAAGUGACCGACAUAGCGGAUGCUAUGAUUUUAAAGCGAUUAUUCACGCAACUCUUUUCAAACGGAGUCGUCGUCAUAGCCACGAGUAACAGGAAGCCCGAAGACUUGUACAAGAACGGUUUGCAAAGAUCGAAUUUCGUCCCUUUCAUACCGAUACUGAAAAGAUACUGUGAUGUAUACAACCUCGACUCAGGUAUAGAUUAUAGGGUUAAAACGAUGAAAGAUAAGAAAGUUAUGUAUUUCGUUAAAUCGGAGCACAAGUUGGAUCCGGUUUCGCCGAUAUUCAAACUGUUGGUUUCCAAGGAGAACGACGUUGUUAGAACGAAAACUUUCACGAUUUUAAAUAGGAACGUAACGUUUCGUAAGGCUUGCGGAGGGGUGUUAGAAUCUAGUUUCGACGAACUAUGUGGAAGGCCUAUAGGCUCCAACGAUUAUUUACACCUGGCACAGUAUUUCCACACUAUAAUCAUCAGGGACAUCCCUCAGUUAAGCCUGAAACUCAAGUCCGAAACCAGACGUUUCAUCAAUAUGAUAGACACGUUUUACGAUAAUAGACUGAGGAUAAUUUUAACUUGUUCGGUCCCCUUGAACGACUUAUUCUGUAAGGAGAAGAUCGACGACGACGUCGAACAGAGAGUUUUGAUGGACGAUUUGGAUCUGAAUAAGGCGGAUGCGAGCGCUAACGUUUUUACAGGCGACGAAGAAAUAUUCGCUUUCGAUAGAACGAUCUCUAGGAUCACCGAAAUGAUCAAUGCGGAGUACUGGAAAAAAUUCGAAAGAUGAUGAAUACUCGAGGAAUUAAUAGGAACAAUUGAAAAAUAGUUUUAAUUACUUCAAAGUCAAAUUUGAUCCAGUUCCCAGUGUUAAAGGCUGGAAGAUUGGAUAAAUUCUUACUCCGAGAGAGCCGCAGUCUACUUAAUAGGAGCACAAUUUUUUUUUGUAUAUAUUCGACUCCAAUGGUUGUGAAAUAGGUAGGCGAAAUAAGUUUUUUUUGAAUUGUUAAAAAUGUAUUCAGUUAUGUAUAUUUUAUUUGUUUUUUAUUGUUUUAUCGCCAACUUUGUGAUCUAUUUAAAUGAAUAAAUAUCAGAUUUAGUUAUA